AUGUCGAAUUGUUGUCUCUUGAGUUGUUUCGGUAUCUGCCGCCGCCGCAAAUUCUCUCCUGGCGAUGCCCCGAUAGAUCUACAAGACCCUGCCUUCUCUGCCAAUAAUCCCAUUGUCCCACCCUCCCAAGUUCGCUCCUUAUCCGUUGACCUAAACGUUUAUCAGUAUGGCAGGCGUGAGAUGUGGGGAGAUUUGCGACAAAGAUGGAUCGAUGAUGCAGACGAGCCCAAUUGCACAGUUCAGGCACCAGAUUUCGAAUACAGAAGCUUAACCCGUGCUAAACCGCGGAGCAAAAGAUGGAAAGUAGACUUCGACCACUGGGCCGCAAGACCCCCCGCCCUUCAAGAUGACCUCGAAAGGUGUGGCCUCCCUGUAGGUAAUGAAGAUUACCACGAUGUCAAGGUCUCAAAGAGAUCGACCAUUGAGCACCCAAUAAGAAAACACGGAACUAACUUUCAUCAUUUUUCGACUGCAGUAGGAGUUAUUAUCGUUAGAAAUGUUGAGAGAUACGAUGGACCUUGGUGGAGUCAAGUCGCCCUUGCACAGUACGAUAUUCACUUCGCCCGGACUACCUUGAGACAUAUCUAUCUCGAGAAUGUUGUCAAUGCGGACACCAAGGACUUUAUACAAACAAUUUGGGCUAAAACUCAACCACCUAAUUCCCGAGAGUUUUUGCUAUCUCCAGCAUCAGUAAAGCAAGUGGCCUGGGAUUUCGAUACCCCCGAAUAUAAGGCCAUUCUAGGCACAGAGCUUGGGAAAGGAGUGGCUGCUAUUGUUUUGUCGGCAUUCCCCAGAGGUACACAUCGUAUCACCAGAAUAUUUGUCUGGAAGAGGUCUAUUAUGCAGAUACGAUUUGAUAUUGAAGACAAAGCUUGGAGACAGGCAUAA